AUGUUUGAAUGUAUUAGCGAUGAGCCGACCACUGGUUUGGACGCAUUUAUGGCCAAAAAUAUAGUACAAGUGCUAAAGACUAUGACAUCGGAGGGACGGACUGUCAUCUGUACUAUACAUCAGCCCUCGUCUCAAGUGUUUGAACUCUUCGACAGUCUAUUACUUAUGGCAGACGGAAGGGUAGCUUUCAAGGGGUCCAUCGGUGACGCCAAGAAUUUCUUUUCAACGCAAGGAUUACAAAUUUGCGACAAUUAUCUCGAAUUGAGUUAUUCUGAUAUCACUAUCAAUACGAAUGAAAACAACACUCGAGGAACGCCUACAAUAAAUAUACCGAUUCUGGGGACGGGCUAUAAAGCAACCUAUUGGCGACAAUUUGUGACAAUAUUGUGGCGCUCGUAUAUAACCCUAAUCCGUAAUCCCCAAUUGCUACUAGACCGAUUCGUUAUGUAUUUGUGGUUAUGCCACCAGAUCACUGCAUUCUGUAUGGGUAUUAUUUUUUACAAUAUUGGACACGCCUACUCCGAUGCGAGUAAUAUCAUGGGAGCACUUAUUUCGCUUAUCCAGUCCACGUCUUUUCCACCCAUAUAUUAUGCUUUAACGACAUUAGUGGAUGAGCAGCCACUUAUGUUUAGGGAGCACCACAACCGUACGUACGCUGUGUUACCAUAUUUUUUGUCGACCAUUAUUAUCCAGUUGACCGAAAUAAAUGACCAUCGAGGGACGAACCUGUCUUGUGUGGCUAUGAUUGUCGAGAAUAAUUAG